CAAUUAGCUAAGUGUAAAAAAUUGACGCCCUCAACCUCUUAUAUAUUGCCACGUGUCACUUUUAGUUUGCAUUUUCUCUCUCAUUCAACAACACGUCCAGGUUCAAUGAACCUAAAAGGCCGCCUCACCAUUUAUCAUCCGCUUUCUUCUCCCCUUAUUUUAUAUAAUCUCCAUUUCCCUUCUCUUCAUCAUCAGAUUCACACAAAGCAAAAACCAUAUAAAUCAAUUUCAAUUCUUUGUAUAGAAUCUGUGAUACAAUUUGAAGGUUUUAACAAUGGCGUUAGCUUUUACUUCUUCCACUUCCAUUGCAUUUUCUUCCUCUUCUUCUUCGUCACGAACAGAACAAGGGGUUAAUGUGAGUUCUACUAAAUUUCAUCCAUCGGAUGUGUCUCAUUUGGUAUCACCGGCGGUUUUCAGUUUAUCCCGGAAGCGGUCUGCCGCCGUGAAGGCGUUGAAUGCCGAACCGCGGCGGAAUCAUCCGGUUGUUCCUUCAGCUGCCACCACUUUUGCUCCUGAUGUAGUCGAGAAAGCGGUAGAACUUGAGGACUUCGAAAAACUAGCUAAAGAUCUUGAGAAUGCUUCCCCACUUGAAAUCAUGGAUAAAGCCCUGGAGAAAUACGGCAAUGACAUUGCUAUUGCUUUCAGUGGCGCUGAGGACGUAGCGUUGAUCGAGUACGCCCACCUCACGGGGCGUCCAUAUCGCGUAUUCAGCCUGGACACCGGCCGAUUAAACCCUGAAACCUACAAAUUCUUUGACACUGUAGAGAAACAUUACAAUAUUCGAAUCGAAUACAUGUUCCCGGAUUCAGUAGAAGUCCAAGCCUUGGUGAGAACCAAAGGCCUAUUCUCAUUUUACGAAGAUGGGCAUCAAGAAUGCUGUCGUGUAAGAAAAAAGGUUCCCGUGGUUCAAGUGGACCCGGUUUUUGAAGGAAUGGAUGGGGGUUCGGGCAGUUUGGUGAAGUGGAACCCUGUGGCUAAUGUGGGUGGGAAUGAUGUGUGGACAUUUUUGCGAACCAUGGAUGUCCCGGUUAACUCGUUGCAUGGUCAAGGGUAUGUUUCGAUUGGGUGUGAGCCGUGUACUCGGGCGGUGUUGCCAGGUCAGCAUGAGAGGGAAGGAAGGUGGUGGUGGGAGGAUGCGAAAGCGAAGGAGUGUGGAUUGCAUAAAGGAAAUAUUAAGGAAGAGAUACAUGGAAUGGAAAACUUGCUUAAAAUGGAAGAUAGGAAAGAUGCUUGGAUUGUUGUUCUUUAUGCACCUUGGUGCCAAUUUUGCCAGGCAAUGGAAGCGUCAUAUGUCGAAUUGGGUGAGCAGUUGGCGGGAAGUGGUGUGAAGGUUGGAAAAUUUAGAGCAGACGGCGAUGAAAAAGCGUUUGCUCAACAAGAAUUGCAGCUCGGGAGCUUUCCAACAAUCCUUUUCUUCCCGAAACACUCGUCUAGGCCAAUCAAGUAUCCAUCUGAAAAGAGAGAUGUUGACUCUUUGACUAGCUUUGUUAAUGCCUUGAGAUAAUAAUAGAAAAAAAGGUUCAAUAUGUAGAGGGCGCUUUUUAUAUAUUUAUGUGGACAUUGUGGGCUAAGUCCCGCUAUUUGGCAUAUGGUGGUGGUGUUGGUUUUGGGUGGUAAGGUGGCGGCGGUGGCUGUCGGAGAUUUUGAAUUUGCUAGUUUUUGAGAAUAUUGGAAUGGAAUAUAAGUUUUUGAUUGGUGCUUGAUUCGUUGUUUGAAUUACGUAGCUUAUUCAAUGUUGACUACAAAAACGUAUGCAAUUGUCGUCCGACAGGUAUGGUGUAAGGUGUAACUGUAACACCCUUUGUUGGACAAUUUUAUAAAUAACAUUCUAAAAUUUUGUUGAGAUAAAAAAAUAUAUACG